CGCUGCCCUGUGAUGCCCUGUAACUGUCGGCGCUGGCUGGCUGGCCCAGAUGAUCAAUCAGCAGGCCGCCUACCACCAACUAACACCCAACCCAGGUCGGACCUUCGGACACAUGGAUUUUCGUACUCGAAUUCCGGAAUUGCACGCCGUGAUGGGCUCAUCGAAAAGGCCAAUUCAGCUAAAAUUUGCUCAUCUUGCUCAGCAGUAAAAAACGUGCUACGGGCUGUGCAUCAGCGGGAACUGCCGGGCCGUUCGUGUUCCCUCAGGGUGCUGGAUGGAGCCCGGUCAUGCUCACUCUCGACGACUUGACUCCGCCCUCGCUCGCCCUCGACACACGGGAAUUAACACGAUCCACGAUCUCUGCUGUCCAAGAUCCCUCUUCCCUUCCCCUUCCCAGCGCCCCACCGCCAGUCGCAAGUGGCCAGGCGGCCAGACACCAUCCCAGAGCUGUAAUUCGUAUACUCCGCCCUCCGUAUGUACAGGGCGUACUGGACGAGGCCCACGCAACGCAACGCCGGACCCAGUGGCAGCCAGUCGCCCAGGCACACGCCCAAGGAGCUCCACCGCUGGGUAUUUCUCUGCUCUUGGCCAAAGCACCUCAUCACGUUUCCCGUUGAUGAAGGCCCGGCCGCUCCUCACACGCCUCCACCCCCGUGCUCGCCCGUCCGUGGACCCCGUGGGACCAUGCGCCCACUUACACACAACCGUCUCCACCGCAGGGCCAAACGGCACACACCUCGGAAUGCCGCACACCUCGCACACCGCAGCGAAAAUUGUACCAUACCAUAGCACGGCCAAGGGCAGUCAGGCGGGAGCCGCUGUCAGUGGAUUUCAGUGCCAUGUCCACUCGAGGCGCCACUGAACAAGCUCGUCAUGGCAUCGCGUUGCUCGCUAUGACACAUCGCUUCCCCCCGCCGGUGCAGGAGGCUCGUCAGGGCGACUACGUAC